AAAUUGCAGCAAACAACAAAAUUGCAUUUCAAAUAGUGAACUAGUAAAAUAUCCAACUGUUAGUGUAAUACCUUUAUGCGUAUAAGAAUGAAGACGGUGCUGCUUCAAAUUCAAUAGCGUAGCAGAGUUCACAGCAUCUUCAGCCAGGGCGCGUUCCUCUGGGGCGGACCUCAGUGCGCGUCCAGGAGCCUCCGGACAGCGCGCGCACACAUCCCCCACUCACACACCUCAGGCUGGCAUUAGUGCUCAUCUCCUGUCCCUGACUUCACCUGGAUCUACACUUAUGCUCUGGGUACACUGAAGCAGAUACAUCAGCCAAGAGGAACAAAACUGAGCCUGUCUCACCGCGUCUCUUAGAGAGGCUCUUCAUGCUUUAGUGCCUUUGAAACUGUUCCUCUGGUUCACUGCCCUGACGUAGGGCUGCCAUCACUCACCCCUGCUCUCUCUUCCCCCUUUUCAGUGGAAAUGUUGAUUGACAGAUGAUUUGACAGAGGAAAACAUCAGUCUCUGUGUUGGUGCGUUAUUAUGGGGUGUGCCUGUUGCAAGCACAAAAAGUCAGCCAAAGCAGCAGCAGCAGAAACAACAGCAGCCAUUACAGAUGUGUCUCUUAGCAACACAGAUGGGGGUGUGUCCUCUCUGACCCCCCGAUACUGUCCUGACCCCACUCCAACCAUACCAGACUUCAACCACUUCCCCUGUGGACCAGUCUUCCCCAGCAGCAAUGUCCAACAGCGGCCCGGAGGCAUCACAAGUGGUGGUGUGACUCUCUUCAUAGCUCUGUAUGACUAUGAUGCUCGAACAGAAGAUGACCUCACCUUUCAGAAAGGAGAGAAAUUUCAGAUUAUUAAUAACACAGAGGGCGACUGGUGGGAGGCCCGCUCUCUGGACACGGGACGCUCUGGUUACAUCCCGUCCAACUAUGUGGCUCCUGUUGACUCCAUACAGGCUGAAGAGUGGUAUUUUGGGAAGAUGGGUAGGAAGGAUGCAGAGAGACAGCUGCUGGGCCACGGCAACCAGAGGGGAACUUUCCUCAUUCGAGAGAGUGAGACCACCAAAGGUGCCUACUCCCUGUCCAUCCGUGACUGGGACGACACAAAAGGAGACCAUGUCAAGCACUAUAAGAUCCGCAAACUAGACAACGGAGGAUAUUACAUCACCACCAGAUCGCAAUUUGACACAGUUCAGCAGCUGGUGGAACAUUACACUGAGCGAGCAGCGGGCCUGUGCUGCCGCCUGAUUGGCAGUUGUAAGCGGGGUAUGCCUAAGCUGGCCGACUUAUCAGUGAAGACCAAGGACAUGUGGGAGAUUCCCAGAGAAUCCCUGCAGCUGAUUAAGAAACUGGGCAAUGGCCAGUUUGGAGAAGUCUGGAUGGGCAUGUGGAAUGGCACCACUAAGGUGGCUGUGAAGACUCUGAAGCCAGGAACCAUGUCCCCUGAGGCCUUCCUGGAGGAGGCUCAGAUCAUGAAGAGACUGCGCCAUGACAAGCUGGUGCAGCUUUAUGCAGUCGUUUCAGAGGAGCCCAUCUACAUUAUCACUGAGUUCAUGAGCCAAGGAAGUUUGUUGGACUUCUUGAAAGAUGGAGAAGGGCAGAGUCUCAAACUGCCCCAGUUGGUGGACAUGGCUGCUCAGAUUGCAGCAGGAAUGGCGUACAUCGAAAGAAUGAACUACAUCCACCGAGACCUGCGAGCUGCCAACAUCCUGGUUGGAGACAACCUGGUGUGUAAGAUUGCGGACUUUGGCCUCGCUCGCCUCAUUGAGGACAAUGAGUACACAGCUCGACAGGGGGCUAAGUUUCCUAUUAAGUGGACGGCUCCAGAGGCUGCGCUAUAUGGACGCUUUACCAUCAAGUCAGAUGUAUGGAGCUUUGGUAUACUCCUGACUGAGCUCAUCACCAAGGGUCGUGUGCCAUACCCAGGCAUGAACAACCGCGAGGUGCUGGAGCAGGUGGAGAGGGGGUACCGAAUGCCCUGCGCCCCGGGCUGCCCUGCCUCGCUGCACGAAUUGAUGCUGCAGUGCUGGAGGCGAGAGCCCGAUGAGAGACACACCUUUGAAUACCUGCAGUCCUUCCUGGAGGAUUACUUCACUGCCACAGAGCCUCAGUACCAGCCGGGAGAGAACCUGUGACACACAACACAAAAAGACUCAUUUGAACAUUGACUUUUAUAUUGCAGCAGGCCCCUUACUGAUCAUACCCGUGUCUGUCAUUCACUGUAUCGAUAUAUAUCAUAUACAUAUCACAUUAAUAGUUAAUUACCCAUGGAUCACUGCAGACUGUCCAGACACCUCUCCACCAUGUUGAACAGCAGUCAGAGCUCUGCUGGUCAGGCCUUGCAGAAAUGCUUUACUCUGUAACCAUGACAACAGGGAACUGAAAGAAGAUGUAGAUGGUUGUGUUGGGGUGGGGGCAGGCAAGUUGGUACAAGAUCUUCUCAGCUGCCAUAUAUAUGUUCAAAGCAUUCAUUUCUCUCUUAAAGAAAAUAUGGAUAUGUUUAAAAAGAAAAAUAAAUAGCUUCAGACUCAGUUGAUGAUGUAUGAAGCUAUACUGCUGAAUUUAUUCAUCUACAAUAUUUGCAGUUUCUUGUGCAAAUGAUGGUUUAGUUUUAGAUCCAGAUGCUACCUUGUAGAACAUUUGUGCAUUAACUGAUCCUACUGUUACUACCAAACAUGCAAAAUUUGUCUUAUAUUAUAUACAGAGAAGAUAAUGUAACUUUUAUCCUAAGAUUUUUAUGUGAUAUUAUUGUAAUAAAAAUCUAAUAUCUUUUUAAA